GAUAAUCAGUUUUGACUUUGAAAGCAGUAAACUUAGUCAGAGAAUUGAAUUCUAAUUGGAAUGCAUCUAAUUAUAUCGUAAAAUAAAAUGAAUAGUAAACGAGCAAGAGAAAAAAGCGAUGAAGUUCCUUCAAAGAAGCGUCAUCUUGAAAACAAUGAUUCUGAGCAAAGUGCUUCAUCAACAAGCAGUUUAGCUGAACUGCCACAUUCUGGUACACAAUUAUUUAAGAAACCCAGAAAUCCAAAAAAUUUCGUUGACUUGACACUUAAAAGCGGCAAAAUUAAACAAAUUCACUUGAAAAACUUUAUGUGCCAUUCUAACUUCCAUGUAAAUUUGAAUAAAAAUGUUAAUGUGUUUGUUGGUCUCAAUGGCAGUGGAAAAUCAGCCAUUUUAACAGCUCUAUCGAUUGGACUUGGAAGUAAAGCAAGCAGCACGUCACGCAGUACUAGCAUCAAGGACUUAGUCAAAAGAGGAGAAACGUCAGCAACCGUUGAAAUAACUUUAACAAACGACGGAUUUGAUUCAUUUGAAGCUGAAACUUAUGGAAAAGAAAUCACAAUCGUUCGAACAAUCAAUAGCAAUUCAGGUGCUUCUACUUACAAACUUAAAAGUGAAACAGGACGAAUCAUAUCAACCAGUCGACAAGAUUUAUCUAAACUUUCGUUGUGUUUGAACAUUCAAGUUGAUAAUCCUGUCCUCAUUCUAAAUCAAGAUGCAGCUCGCUCAUUCUUAAAGGAUUGUGACUCGAAGAAACUUUAUCAAUUUUUCUUGAAAGCAACACAAAUUGAUGCAAUUAUUGAAAAACUUCAUACGUGUCUUAAGUCAGCAUCUUUUUCGAAAGUUCAUUUAGAAAAUUAUAAUCGCCUUAUAAAGACUGAAGAAGAAGAAGUUGUCGUUCUUAAGGAAAAGCAUGAAAAACUUCAAUCAAUUCUCCGUUUGCGUAAUGAUAUUGAAAGAUAUCGUAAUGAGAUUGAAUGGUCGGAAGUGUCAGACAUUGAAAAGAAACUCAAAGAGGCAGAAAAUCAGCUUGAAUCGAAAAGAGAACAAAUCGCAGAAAUCAACAAUUUAGUCAAAAAUCGAGCAAAAAUCGAAAAAGAUUUGAAGGAGAAAAUUCGAGACUUUGGAACAGAAUUUGUUCAUCUUAAAGAAAUCGUCACAUCCAAAGAUGGAAUAACUGAACAGAAUCGUCGUGAAUGUGAAGAAUUACGUGAUAAAUUGAGUACAAUUCAGGGAAGUUUCAACAAUUUAUUAGAAAGAAAGCGACUUGUUGAUGAGAACAUUGCACAACUUGAAGCUGAUCUUGCUGAACGUGAAGCUAAUCCAAUGAAUGUUGAGAACAUGCGCAAACAAAAUGAAAAACGAAUUGUUGAACUGAGUAAGGAGAAAGAAGAUUUAGUUCUGAGAAACACAACAGCACGUCGCGAUUAUCAACAAUUUAAUGACACACUUCUUGAAUAUCGUGAAAAAAUCGAUGCUGCAAACAACCAAAGAACAAACAUUCAAUCGCAGUUUCAAACGUGUACAACACAAAUUCGUCAAAUGAAGAGUUGCUCGGAUGAUUCAUUAUCAGCUUACGGUCAGAGAAUGCCCGAGUUGAUCAAGAAAAUCGAAGAAAUGUUCAAAGGAAAACAGUUUACAGAACUUCCACGUGGACCUUUAGGACGUUACAUUGAAGUGCCUGACAAAAAGUACAAAGAAGCAGUUGAAAAUAUUCUCGAAUCAACAUUACGGGCUUUCUAUGUAAGUUGUGAUAAAGAUCGACUUGUCUUAACGAAACUUCUUCAACAAUAUUCGGAAUUUUCACGUUAUCAAAUCAUCACUGGAUCGUUUCAAAAGAAAGUUUAUGAUGUGCGUAAUGGAAUCGUCCAAUUGCGAUCAAACGUCGGUCGUGUGUUGAUGGAUGUUAUUAAAGUCAACGAUCCAGUUGUGAUAAAUUGUCUCAUCGAUCAAAAGCAUAUUGAAACAAUUGUUUUGGUUGACAACACAGAAAUUGCGAUUGAACUGACACAAGAAAUCGAAAAUGUUCCUCCAAAUUUAAGUCAUGUUGUGUUGUUGAAUCCUUUUUCUGAUUAUUAUCCAGCACCAAAUUAUCGAACAUACUCAAAUCGUUUAAAGCCAGCACGAUAUAUUCAGACCAAUUCCAAUGAUGUUAUUGCUGCUAUUGAACAUCAGAAGAAUGAACUGCAAGAGAAAAUUCGUCAUAUUCAAGAAAUUAGUAAGCAAUAUGAAAAAAAGUUACGUGAACAAGAGAAAUUAGUGACUGAAAAGAAGACUUUAAGUAACGAACUACAAGAGAAGAUUCGUCAGAUUAGUAAAACACUUUCUGAAUUACAAGCAAUUGAAUAUCCUGAUGAAAAUGAGGCUGAGUAUUUACGUACAGAACUUGAAGAGCUGAAAGUUAAGAAGGAAGCAAUAAUUAACAAAAUCAACUCACAGGAAGAGAAAGUCAAAGAAUUGCAAGGAACCGUCGCUCAGAAGGAAUUCGAUUUGAAUAAAUCUCGUGAAGAAGCUCGUGAGACUCGUGAAAAUAUGACAAAAAUUCAAAGUGAGAUCGAAAGCAUUCAACAGAAGCUUAACGAGAUGAGCUCAGAUAUAAGUUUGAAGAAGGAACGCUUACAAGUAUUGAUGGAGGAAGAGAAAACUGCUGACGGCACUUACCAAGAAUUCAAUGCGAGCUUAAGUUCGGCUCUUAAAAAUAUUAAAGGAAAAAGAGUUGAAAAUCCACGACCAGUUAAUGAAAUUAACACACGAAUUCGUUCAGCUGAAAAUCGAAUUCGUAUCAUUGAAGAAAACAACGACAAUAUUUUUGAUGUUGAACUUCAGCUCAACCAUAAGGUUCAACAAGUUGAUAAGAUGAAACAAGUCAUUACUGUUCAUGAACAAGUUUUGCGAAAGCUUGACGACAUUCGAACAUCGCGUUUUAAUUAUGUCAAACGUUUACGUCAACAUAUGUCUCUUCGUGUUAAAAGCAAGUUUAAUGUCCUUAUGAAUUUGCGAAAUUAUUCAGCUGAAGCUGUGAUCGAUCAUAAAGAGAAGACGCUUGAACUGAGAGUUUUACCAAGAGAUUCACAAAUUGCUGGUGCUGUUUCCAACACAAAAAGCUUAUCAGGAGCAUCAUUAACUGAAGGUGAAAGAAUGAAUAUUUGCUAUUUGGCCUUUCCGGACUCAAAUUCAGGUUGCAUGGGUGAUACAAAGUUUCAUGUUUCGUUAAGAACAAACAGUCAAUUAACAAACAAUCAACGAACAUUUAAUCGUGAAUGUCAGCAACAAUUGAGAGCUGAUGUUGGACAUUAUUGGGGAUAUGUUUAUUUUAGACAAGUCAAAGAUGCAACGAGUAAAAGAGGAUAUUUUCAGAAGUCCUUUGUGCUUAUAACGAGACUUCCAUUUCACAAUUUUUUCUACGAACUCAUUCAUCGAUGGGCUCCAGCUUACUUCACUUCAGGCUUAUCAGCACUUGAACAAGGUUGUGAUCAAAUCUCAUCUUGGCCACGUCUCAAUGCAAACUCACAACUUCAACUUCACAUGCUUGGCUCAAUUUACCAGAUCUACAUUCCUGCAGCUGCCAAUCGAUCCUGUCCUGAAACAUCAUCAACACCUGUUGAAGUUGAAGACGUAACAAAUAAUAACUCAGGUCUAAUUCCCAUCUCAAUCACAUCACCCAACGAAAUUGACAUCUUUGGCCCUCUUCAUACGAUAAUUCAUCAUAUUCAGUUAAUGUGGGAAUUGGUGUUGCUUGGUGAGCCACUUGUGAUAAUUGCAACAUCGCCUACCGACUCAAGUCAUAUGGUUCAGGCUUUAAUGAGUCUCAUAUAUCCACUUGAUUAUCAUCCAGAAGUUUAUCCAUAUUUUACAAUUCAUAAUACUGAGUUUCGUGAGUUUGCUGGUGCUUCUAUCCCACCUUCAGUGAUUCUUGGCGUUACAAAUCCAUAUUUUGCUAAGACUCUUCAAUCAUGGCCACAUACAGUGAGGAUAAGUGAACCAUUACAAAUACAACAUAAUAGUGAACAUCCAGUGCCACAUAGAAAGCUUGAGAGAGUGAGAAGUCUUCAAAAAUUCCUAAUGGACACAACCGGAUCAAUCUAUACACAAUAUCGGCCAUUUCUACAGAAAGAUAAGACAAUUGUGAAGAAAGUACUGAAUGGUGUGAAACCCCGACGACCCAUAGCCGUUCAAUCAGUGAUAUUGAGACGAUAUUUCCUCGAGCUAACCCAAAGUUUUAUGAUUCCACUUGAACGUUACAUGUCGACACUUAUGCCAUUAGCAAAAGAUAUUUCAGCAUUUCGUGCUCCACCUGUGCCAGCACAGUUCAGAGAAGAAACUUUUCUUGGGACUCUUGAACUGUCGGGACCACAUUUAACUUCACAAGUGAAAGGUGAUUACGAAGGGUUGUACAAAAAAUUUUUCCGUUCAGCAAACUUCCGUGGUUGGUAUGAAUCAAGAAGAAUGGAGCAGCUGGAGAAGCUGGAAGAACUUCAUCAAGAAGCUUUAGCUAAAGAAGAUUUAAGAAAAUGGAUUGUAGGAAAGCAAGAAGUUGAAAUUGUUGAUAUGAUACUUUGCAUCAAACAAAAACUUCAACUUCCGGUUACUUCAAAUUCAACGCUGACACCACCAGAACCAUCCAUAUUUGUGGCAAUCAAGAGAAACAUUAGGGAUAAAUUAAUGAAGCAGCUAGACGAUCUUAUGGACUAUGUAGAGCUUUUUCGAAGUUUAAUUAUGUCUGAGUAUCAGCCAAUUGCCACAAACAGUCCAACCCACCAGACUCACAUUUAUGACGCUGAAUUACAUCGAGAGCAAUGUCCUGAUAUUGUUGGAAUUUUAUCAAAAAAAGUUGCCAAAGGUUGUACAACAAGUACCCUUAAAAGCAGAUUACCGAUACUCGAAUGGCUACCGAACUACAAAUUUUCGUUUCUUCUUGAAGAUUUUGUAGCCGGGCUGAGUGUUGGAUUAACAGCAAUUCCACAAGGCAUUGCAUACGCUGUUGUGGCUGGUUUGCCUCCCCAAUAUGGUCUCUACUCGGGCUUUAUGGGCGUUUUCGUGUAUGCCUUGUUUGGUAGCUGCAAAGAUAUCACACUGGGACCGACAGCAAUUAUGGCCUUGAUGGUAAAUUCUGCGGUUGUCAAUUUGAAUGUCGACUUCGCGAUUCUUGCAACAUUUUUGAGCGGUUGUCUGAUAUUUUUGUUAGGAUUUCUAAACUUAGGUUUCCUCGUACAAUUUAUAUCGGCACCAACGAUAGUCGCUUUUAUAACAGCAGCAACGAUCACAAUUGGAAGCGGACAAGUCAAGCCGUUAUUGGGUAUAUCGAGUGGAUCUUCAAGUGAAUUUCUUGAUGCGUGGGAGAAUGUUUUCAAACAUUAUGAUGAAAUUAAAUGGACUGACACGUUGCUUGGAGUUUUCUCUUUGGCAUUGUUAAUUGGAAUGAAGAAUUUAACGAAAUUGAACACAGGGAAAAUGUUUUUCAAAUAUUUAUCGAUCUCACGAAACGCUCUUGUCGUCAUUAUGGGAAUCGCCUUAGCUUACGUCUUUUAUAUUAAUGGAAGUGAACCUUUCCGUCUUACCGGAAAGAUCCAAGAUGGCUUUCCGGGAUUUUCACUUCCACCAUUCACAGCAGAAUUCAAGGGCGAAACUUAUGACUUCAUUGACAUGGUCAAAGCUUUGGGACUCUCUCUGGUUACAAUUCCACUUGUAUCUAUUCUCGAAAGUGUCGCCAUAGCUAAAGCUUUAAGCAAAGGAAAACUGGUUGAUGCAACACAAGAAAUGCUUGCUUUGGGGUUGUGCAAUAUUGCUUCAGCUUUUGUUAAGUCGAUUCCUAUAACUGGAUCCUUUACACGAACUGCUAUUAAUCAUGCUUCAGGUGUAAGAACUCCAUUGGGUGGUUGCUUUACGGGCGCUUUAGUUCUUUUAGCUCUUGGUCUUCUUACUGGAACUUUUUACUUCAUUCCGAAAACUGUGCUGGCUGCUGUUAUCAUUGCUGCAAUGAUUGGCAUGUUUGAGUUGGGUGAAAUAAUUAAAAUCUACAAAACGAAACGAAGCGACAUCAUUCCUUUCAUUGGAACUUUCAUUGUUUCCCUUUUGAUGGGAUUGGAAUACGGAAUUCUUUUGGGAAUUGGAAUCAACAUUCUUUUUACACUUUACAACACUUCACGACCCAAGAUCACUGUUGAAGUGGCCAAGAUUAAUGAUCACGAGAUUCUCGUUAUCACACCCGAUCAGAGCUUGAUUUAUUCUGCUGCCGAACACUUCAAAUCUGUUGUAAUAAAAAAGGCGACAAUUGACUUUAGUUCCGCGGAUAUUGUUGUUAUUGACGGAUCUUCAGUCAACUUUAUCGACACAACAGUAGCAAAGAUAACUUCGUCAAUUGUCACAGAUUUACAACUUAGAGAUAAGAAAUUAUUCUUCUGGAACUGGAAGCGUGAGCCUUUCAGCGUCAUGAUGCGUUACAAUCAUCAGUAUUUUGAGCUUUUUAAACAUUCAGAAACACUUCAUGAUUUAGUUAUUCAACUAAAAGAAAAUGAAGCAUUGAAUGAUCCGCUGUUUCUUCAUCGGAACUUAAGUUACAUGAAAGGGAGAUCAACUCGUAAUCACAAAAGAAGAGCUUGUUUUAAAAUAACAGAUAUGAUGAAAAAUAAAAAUGAGGAGAAUGAAAAAGACGCAAACGCUAAUGAAAAUCUUAUCAUAGCGUUUGUUCGUUUUAAGGAUGAAGUCCUCAAUGCAAAGAAUGUAAAAGUGGAAACAAAGCUAGAAAAGGUUUCACACAAACGCCGCAAAGAAGGAACAUCUGGACAAAAUCUCAUAAACAUUGGCCUUUCAAAAGUCGAUGUUAAUGUUGAUAACAAUGGAAGUGAAUUAUUGCCCGCGAUUUGUGUCACAAAUGACCAAUUUGAGCGUGAAAAUCCACAAACAUCAUAUCAGUUGACUUUCGAUAUUGAAGCAAUUACAGCAUUUGUACCAAAGGAUAGUGGUGACGAGCAGCCAUCUAAACUUCCUUGCGUGAGUAAACAAUAUCACGCUGAAUUGCCUGUAUACGAUAAGUGUGGAAGGAAUUUACUUCUCAGUGGAGUUUACCAUGUCACUGCUUUAGAGACGAAUUUUUUUCGUCCAUCGCGAAUGCCGUGUUGGGAGAGUUUCUCAAAUGACUCUGAUCAACACAUCAUGAACUGGGCGGAAGAAGUGAACAAGCAUUUCUUUGCUGAAAAGGAUNAAAUGUUUUUCAAAUAUUUAUCGAUCUCACGAAACGCUCUUGUCGUCAUUAUGGGAAUCGCCUUAGCUUACGUCUUUUAUAUUAACGGAAGUGAACCUUUCCGUCUUACUGGAAAGAUCCAAGAUGGCUUGCCAGGAUUUUCACUUCCACCGUUCACAACAGAGUUUAAGGGCGAAACUUAUGAGUUCAUUGACAUGGUCAAAGCUUUGGGACUCUCUCUGGUUACAAUUCCACUUGUAUCUAUUCUCGAAAGUGUCGCCAUAGCUAAAGCUUUAAGCAAAGGAAAACUGGUUGAUGCAACACAAGAAAUGCUUGCUUUGGGGUUGUGCAAUAUUGCUUCAGCUUUUGUUAAGUCGAUUCCUAUAACUGGAUCUUUUGCACGAUCUGCUAUAAAUCAUGCUUCAGGUGUAAGAACUCCAUUGGGUGGUUGCUUUACGGGCGCUUUAGUUCUUUUAGCUCUUGGUCUUCUUACUGGAACUUUUUACUUCAUUCCGAAAACUGUGCUGGCUGCUGUUAUCAUUGCUGCAAUGAUUGGCAUGUUUGAGUUGGGUGAAAUAAUUAAAAUCUACAAAACGAAACGAAGCGACAUCAUUCCUUUCAUUGGAACUUUCAUUGUUUCCCUUUUGAUGGGAUUGGAAUACGGAAUUCUUUUGGGAAUUGGAAUCAACAUUCUUUUUACACUUUACAACACUUCACGACCCAAGAUCACUGUUGAAGUGGCCAAGAUUAAUGAUCACGAGAUUCUCGUUAUCACACCCGAUCAGAGCUUGAUUUAUUCUGCUGCCGAACACUUCAAAUCUGUUGUAAUAAAAAAGGCGACAAUUGACUUUAGUUCCGCGGAUAUUGUUGUUAUUGACGGAUCUUCAGUCAACUUUAUCGACACAACAGUAGCAAAGAUAACUUCGUCAAUUGUCACAGAUUUACAACAUGCAGAUAAGAAAUUAUUCUUCUGGAACUGGAAGCACAGUCCAACCCACCAGACUCACAUUUAUGACGCUGAAUUACAUCGAGAGCAAUGUCCUGAUAUUGUUGGAAUUUUAUCAAAAAAAGUUGCCAAAGGUUGUACAACAAGUACCCUUAAAAGCAGAUUACCGAUACUCGAAUGGCUACCGAACUACAAAUUUUCGUUUCUUCUUGAAGAUUUUGUAGCCGGGCUGAGUGUUGGAUUAACAGCAAUUCCACAAGGCAUUGCAUACGCUGUUAUUGCUGGUUUGCCUCCCCAAUAUGGUCUCUACUCGGGUUUCAUGGGCGUUUUCGUGUAUGCUUUGUUUGGUAGCUGCAAAGAUAUCACACUGGGACCGACAGCAAUAACGGCCUUGUUGAUAAAUUCUGCGGUUGUUAAUUUGAAUGUCGACUUCGCGAUUCUUACAACAUUUUUGAGCGGUUGUCUGAUAUUUUUGUUAGGAUUUCUAAACUUAGGUUUCCUCGUACAAUUUAUAUCGGCACCAACGGUAGUCGCUUUUAUAACAGCAGCAACGAUCACAAUUGGAAGCGGACAAGUCAAGCCGUUAUUGGGUAUAUCGAGUGGAUCUUCAAAUAGAGAUCCAUUCUUCCAAACUUUCGAGAAGCCAACUCAAAUAUAUCGAUAUCUUAAAACGCGUUUCGUAGCAUCUCCGCUGUUUCUUCAUCGGAACUUAAGUUACAUGAAAGGGAGAUCAACUCGUAAUCACAAAAGAAGAGCUUGUUUUAAAAUAACAGAUAUGAUGAAAAAUAAAAAUGAGGAGAAUGAAAAAGACGCAAACGCUAAUGAAAAUCUUAUCAUAGCGUUUGUUCGUUUUAAGGAUGAAGUCCUCAAUGCAAAGAAUGUAAAAGUGGAAACAAAGCUAGAAAAGGUUUCACACAAACGCCGCAAAGAAGGAACAUCUGGACAAAAUCUCAUAAACAUUGGCCUUUCAAAAGUCGAUGUUAAUGUUGAUAACAAUGGAAGUGAAUUAUUGCCCGCGAUUUGUGUCACAAAUGACCAAUUUGAGCGUGAAAAUCCACAAACAUCAUAUCAGUUGACUUUCGAUAUUGAAGCAAUUACAGCAUUUGUACCAAAGGAUAGUGGUGACGAGCAGCCAUCUAAACUUCCUUGCGUGAGUAAACAAUAUCACGCUGAAUUGCCUGUAUACGAUAAGUGUGGAAGGAAUUUACUUCUCAGUGGAGUUUACCAUGUCACUGCUUUAGAGACGAAUUUUUUUCGUCCAUCGCGAAUGCCGUGUUGGGAGAGUUUCUCAAAUGACUCUGAUCAACACAUCAUGAACUGGGCGGAAGAAGUGAACAAGCAUUUCUUUGCUGAAAAGGAUACAAAUCCCUUUAAAACUUUCGAAAGUACGCCUCAAAUUGAGCUUUACAUCAAGCGAUCACGAUCGAAACCACUGGAGGAUUUUAUUGAAAGACCAACAUUUUUAUCAGACCAUCAUAAUAAUAACAGCGACAAAGAAAAUACGACAAAUAACAAUUCAAUAACAUCAAAUGGCGUUAAUGGACAUCAUAACAAUUCAACAACACUUGAGCCUUCUUCAAAACCUUUCAUAUUUCAGUUUGUUGUUAACAGUAGUACAAAACAGCGAACUGAAGAGCGAAUGGAUUUCGUUUGUCCUUGGUGUAGUCUUAACUGCAUGAGAAUUUACUCGUUGUUAAAACAUUUAAAGCUUUCGCAUGCUCGUUUGCUUUUUCAAUACAUCGAUGAAGGAUCGAAAGGACGGAUUGACGUUUAUGUGAAUGACAUGUACGAUGGAUCUUACAGCGGGGCACCACAUGAUGUUCUUCUUGGCUCUCAACGGGGUCCGACACGUCGAAAUGUUGUCACAAAUAUUAUGGUUUUUAGACCACGUCGGCCAACUUACAAUAUGACUGAAUUCCUUGAAGCUGAUGAUGGCGAAUUGGAUCAACAGCGACAGUACAUUUCAGGUCAUAAUAGAAUUUAUUAUCAUAGCGAAACUUGCAUACCAAUUAUGCCAAAAGAGCUUGAUUAUGAUUCUGAAGGUGAACCCGAUCCAAAGUGGCUUCAAAGGACUACAAAACAAAUGAUUGAUGAAUUUACAGAUGUAAAUGGAGGUGAGAAGGAACUCAUGAAGCUUUGGAACCUUCACAUUAUGAAACACUUAUUUGUUGGAGAUUGUCAAAUAAGUCUCGCAUGCGAUCUUUUUCUUAAUGAAAAAGGAAAGGAAUUGAUUGAGAAGAAUCUUACAAGAAAUUAUAUUGUACAUCUUAGUUCGUUGUUCAAUUAUGGCCUAAUUUCGCCUCGCACAAUUGAUAAAAACAUUAAAACAUUAAAUAAAUUGCAAAAAGAAUUCACAGAUCGCUACGAAAUAAAGAAAGCGAGACAAGUUCAGACUCAAAAUUGGUUGUCAAGAAGCGACCAGGAAGUCAACAACAAAAAGUUUUUGGAUAAUUUGACACCAACAAAAUCAGGCAGUUCCUUAAAGCUUUCAGGAAAAGGCAACAAGAUGCUAAUCAAAAGUGUUGGCAUAAUGAAAGUUUUGAUUUUUUGUUCUUUACUUGCUUUCGCUGCAAGCUGUUAUGGAUUUUCUUUUCCUGUGAUUCGUAACACUAAAGCAGAAGGAUGUGUGGGAGAUGUCUGUGGGCCUCACUGUGCAUGGGAAGAUGUUAAAAUUCUUCCUGGUCAAUUUUUGAACCGUGCCGGACAUUGUCAGAAACUAUUUUGUGCUGAUAAUUUUGACAUUCGAAUCACUCCAUGUCCAUUUGAUAUGUACGGUGAAUUCGAAUGGAUUGACAAAGACAAAACAAAGCUUUAUCCAGAAUGUUGUGGAACUAAAACAAAGAAGAAGCGUUUAUUCUUCAAGAGUGCUAAUCAAAAGUGUUGCAUAAUGAAAGUUUUGAUUUUCUGUUCUUUACUUGUUUUUGCUGCAAGAUGUUAUGGAUUCUCUCAACCAGUGAUUCGUGACACUAAAGCCGAAGGAUGUGUAGGAGAAGUUUGUGGGCCUCACUGUGCAUGGGAAGAUGUGAAACUUUUUCCUGGUCAGAUUUUGAACCGAGCCGGACGUUGUCAAGAACUUCUUUGCGUUGGAAAUUUUGACAUUCACAUCACUCCAUGUCCAUUUGAUAUGCGCGGUGAAUNGGCAAAAUAUCUAAAUAAGUGGAGUGGAAGUGCGCAUUUCAAAAUGAAACAAAUAUUUGUGAUUGUUAUAACGGUGAACUUAAUCUGGAUAUGUUUAGCAAUGCAGACAUCGCGAGUACCGGCUAAAGCCGAGGGUUGCGUGGGCGAAAAUAAUUGUGGCACGCUAUGUGAAUAUGAUGGACACAAGUUCUUUCCUGGAAUGAACGAAACACUUUAUCGUGAUUUUACCUGUCUUGAAAUGAAAUGUUCCGAUGACUUUCAUGUCGAAUUUGAGCCUGUUGGCAUAAUGAAAGUUUUGGUUUUCUGUUCUUUACUUGCUUUCGCUGCAAGCUGUUAUGGAUUCUCUCAACCAGUGAUUCGUAACACUAAAGCAGAAGGGUGUAUAGGAGAUGUCUGUGGGCCUCACUGUGCAUGGGAAGAUGUGAAACUUUUUCCUGGUCAGAUUUUGAACCGAGCCGGACGUUGUCAAGAACUUCUUUGCGUUGGAACUUUUGACAUUCACAUCACUCCAUGUCCAUUUGAUAUGCGCGGUGAAUUCGAGUGGAUCAACAAAGAUAACACAAAGUUGUUUCCAGAAUGUUGUGGAACUAAAACUGAGAAGAAGUUAUGAACAUUGAUGUCGAAUGAGAAGGAUUUUGUUAAUACAUUUGAUAGAAAUUCUGUACAGUUUUGAUCAAUAAACAUUAAUCCGAAAAUUUAAAACUCUUAA